AUGGCGCCAGUACAAAGUGAAGACGCUUCCUUAUUCUACACCGAACGUAUAUCGCAAUACGUCUGUAUCCCGCCUUCAUGUCUUGCGGAUCCAUUCUCAGCCGUGUGUGCAACCGUACUAUCACCGCUACUCCUCACCUACUUCCCACCUGCAAAGGGUGUGGUCCUCGCAUACGAAGAAGUGGAACUGAAUAGCACACCACCAACUGCACCAGCCUCGAAAUCUAAAAGGUCACAAUCACAACAGCAAAACGGAUCUAGUUCCGAUGAUGAUGCGCCUGCCGAACCGUUGCUACUCAGACACGUCGAUGAAUACGCAGCGCCGUUUUUCUGGGUUACUGCCUCCUUCAUUGUGUGGCGCCCAACUCGAAAUGCGUACCUGACCGCUCAUAUCACGGACCAAGCGAAGACCCAUCUUACGCUCGCACAUCUCAACACCUUCCCCGUUAGUAUACUCAAGGAAUGUCUGCCCGCAGACUGGUCAUGGCAUUCGGAAGAAUCUGGUCAAAUGAAGAAGGGUUGGGAUGGACGGUUGUCGGAUGAAGGAGGCUGGUGGGUGAACGGAGAGGGAGAAAAAGUGGAAGGAGAGCUACGGGUGAGGAUACGCGAUGUAGAUGGUAGAAUGGAUGGAAAGGGCAAGGGCAAGGGUUUCCUACGUGUCGACGGUGCUCUGAUCUCCGAAGAGGAAAUAAAGGCGACAGAACAGAAGACCGGGAAAGGAAAAAGAAAAGCUACUACAAGCGCAAUGAAGGCAACACCACAGAGACAGGCGGGCGGAGAAGUCAUGGAUAUCGACUCGGACUAG